AAGUACAAGGGGACCUUAUAUCCUCCCGUUUAAAGAACAUACUAAAAUCCGUCGCUAAACGAGGCCGCCGGUGUACGAGCACGGCAAUACACUCCGCAACUUAUCGAAGAACACCGAAGAAACGCCAUGAACACCGUCAUCUCUCGGUUCAUCAUUCACAAUCUACUACCUCCAAAUGCUCCGACCUUCACCAGGAUUCACGUUCAUUUCGUAUCAUCUCCUCGUCGUCGGAGAUUCGGCACAGUUGCUGUUUCCCAUUCACCCGACGUUAGCGACGAGAGGAUGGUGGUGGUUGGUGGUGGAGCUGCUGGAAUAUAUGGAGCAAUUAGGGCUAAGACUUUGGCUCCCGACCUUAACGUUAUCGUGAUUGAAAAAGCAAAGCCCUUGGCAAAGGUCAAAAUAUCAGGAGGUGGUCGUUGCAAUGUCACAAAUGGCCAUUGUCCCGAUAAUAAGAUUUUGGCAGAAAAAUACCCAAGAGGUAGUAAAGAAUUCAGAGGUUCAUUCUUCAAUGUUCAUGGUCCAGGUGACACAAUGUCCUGGUUUUCUGAUCAUGGUGUCAAAUUAAAGAUUGAGGAAGAUGGAAGGGUCUUCCCUGUGAGUGACAAUUCAUCUACAAUAGUUGAUUGCCUUUUAAAUGAAGCAAGACAAAAAGGAGUUACACUGCAAACAGGAAAAUCUGUCACAUCAGCUUCUAUUUCUCAAAGUGGAAAAUUCAUACUCAAAAUUGAGAAACGUACAAUUGAUUAUGUGGAUUUUGUUGAAGCUGAUUACUUAUUAAUUGCUAGUGGCAGCAGUCAACAGGGUUAUAAUCUUGCUAAUCAACUUGGACAUUCUAUAAUUAAACCAGUUCCAAGUUUAUUUACAUUCAAGAUUGAUGAUAUUCAGUUGACAGAGUUAUCUGGGAUUACAUUCCCAAAAGUGAAGGCAAGUUUAAAGCUUGAAUCUUUGAAGAAGAACAUUCCACAGCUUACCCAAAUUGGGCCAAUGUUAGUCACACAUUGGGGACUUAGUGGGCCCGUAAUUCUUCGUUUAUCUGCUUGGGGGGCCCGUGAUCUUUUUGAUUCCAGUUAUAAAGGAACACUUCUUGUUGACUUUUCUCCUGAUCUUUCAAACGAAGAUAUAAAGGCGUUACUAUCUCAACACAAAAAACAAUUUCCGAAACAAAAAGUAGGUGGUUCAUAUCCUCAAGAAUUUGGAGUCAUGAAACGAUUUUGGAAAUAUUUGUUGAAUCGUGAGGGUGUUGAUGAAGAUAUAUUAUGGGCUUCCAUUUCAAAUAACUCAUUGAUGUCAAUUGCUACUCUAUUAAAGCAAUGCUCUUUUAUAGUGAAAGGAAAGGGCCAAUUCAAGGAUGAAUUUGUUACAGCUGGAGGUGUUCCAUUAUCUGAGAUUUCACUGAAAACAAUGGAGAGCAGGAUUCAAUUGCGUCUGUUCUUUGCUGGAGAGGUGCUGAAUGCUGAUGGGAUCACCGGAGGUUUUAAUUUUCAGAACGCUUGGUCAGGUGGGUAUAUAGCCGGAACAACCAUAGGCCAGCUGGCGACCAGUGCCACAUCAGCACCUUCUACUUUGAAGCAACAAGCGGCGUGAGGGCGUAAAACAAUCCACAUUUUUGACCUUUACACUGGAAAAUACCACUACCCCCUCCAAAACACACUAAAGUGGGAUGGGUUAGGAGAGGAGAAGACAAUUGGAGUGCAAAAUCGAUACCCUCUCGCCGGAAUAAUUAGAGGCGGCUAGGGUUUAGUCGUUGCCAAUUUGCAUGCUAAGUUCAGAUCUGUAACCCUACGCAACUGCCAAAGAGCUCUCAACCACCACCGACUGCCCCUGAUUGAUCCACUAGACCAUCCGAUAAGCACGACAACAAGCGAUUUCUAAAACUGACUUCCGACGGCCAAACACGAGGUCUCGUCACCGCCUUGGUUGUUUCUAACCAAACUCCAACCUCCUCAUUUGUUUUUCCCCACGAUAGCACCCUAUAUCUAACUGUUUAGAAGAAAUCAAAGCAAUAUCCAAUUGAUUAGGCUUCAACUCAAAGGAAAUCGAACUUGCAUUAGAAGUUUUUUUUUUCCUCCAUACGAGAGGUUCUUCAACAUAUUCAUACGGAGAUAUAAUCAGAUUUUUGUUUUUUUUAUUUAUUUAUGCAUGUGUGUUAGUUUAUGUAAGUAAUUUUUGGAUUUAAUUUCAUAAAUGUAUUUGAUGUCUUGAAUGGAUUUUUGUGUUAGAAUUUUUUCUGGAUUAGAACAUGGAUUCUGCUUUCUCCGGUGACAAAUUUAGCGGUGGUGGUAGCCAGAGGUUAGUGGUGGUGGUGGUCGGAGGCUAAUGGUGGUGGUGGUCGUUAGAUAUGAUUAUCCGAUAGCCAACUACCAUGAAUAUAAUAAAUAAUUUUCUUAAUGGAUUAAUAACUAGAUAAAUAAAAAAAAUAGAUAAACAAGGGCAAAACGGUCUUUUUAUGUCACGAGGGAUGAAAUGUGCAAUUUUUGAACAAAUGAGGGACGGUCCAAGUUAAUUUUUGAAAAUAGGGACUAAACACGCUUUCUGGCAUGUGUACGAGGGACGAUUGGUGUAAUUUAUCCUUACGCAAAAUUGCAAUUUUGAAAUUGUCCUUAAGUUUGUACUUCACUGAGGAGGUGCUUGUGCUGUACUCAAAAUUGCAAGUUUACUCCAAGUUUUGAAGACAACAUACGGACAAUGUGAAAAUUUGGACCAAACUUGUCAUUUUUGGUAGAGCAUAGGGACCAAAUCUGGAAUUUAAUGUGGUACGACUUUAUAUGUUUUAUUUUUUUAUAAAAUUAUAUAUUUUUCUAAAUAAAUUAGGUAAUUUUAUUGGUGACUAUAUGUAACGGUGGUUAUUAACGAUCAAAUGCUAAAUACAAUUUUCACUUUACUUUUGGCCUCCAAAAGUAGUAGUCAAGGGUUUUGUCUUUUUGUAUAUUUAGGGUUUGUUUGGGAUUUUUUCUCAAAGUUCUUAUUUACUUUUUGGAACAUUUUUUUUCCUAUAAAGCUACGUUGUUAUGUUGACAAACACUUUUUUAAUUUAUUGUUUUUAUAAAAAGCCAAUAAGCUAAUAAGCCAUUUU